GAGAAUACUGAGAGGGUCGGGUGAGGAGGGCGGUGGGUCGCUCGGCCGAAGAAACCAAAUAGUUUUGUGCCCCUUUUUUUUUUGCGCGCUGUUCCGCUUGUGUGGUGCUGGAAUUUGAAGUGGGAACCGCUGGCUUCAGAGGAUGGAUGGAUUUAAGACAGAGGAGUGAGUCGGCUGGGCGAGCAGGCAGUGAUUCUGACUGAGCUCCUUUCCUUCUGAACAAACUGCUCAGACUCGUCCCUCACCAUGUCCUGGUUGUUGGCCAUUUGGAUUAGCCUCGGCUUCCUGCUGCUGUGCCAGGCCACGCUCUACCAGACCGUCCAGCAGCACCAUGUGGCUCGGCCCGGUCGCACCGACAUCCUCACCCUGGAGGGAGGUACUUGCGAGGUGAUUGCCGCCCACCGAUGCUGUAACAAGAACCGCAUUGAGGAGCGCUCUCAGACCGUCAAGUGUUCCUGUUUACCGGGGAAAGUGGCCGGGACGACUCGGAACAAACCCUCCUGUGUGGAUGCGUCCAUUGUGAUUGGGAAAUGGUGGUGUGAGAUGGAGCCAUGUCUGGAGGGAGAAGAGUGUAAGACACUGCCUGACAACUCUGGAUGGAUGUGCUCUUCUGGGAACAAAAUCAAGACCACAAGAAUCCAUCCCAGGACCUAACAGAGGGCUCCCGUCGCAGGGCUGCGUGCCAGGCUCUUCCCCUUCAUCCACCCUUUCUCUUCCUACCGAACGGACUAAAACUAUUACAUCCACGUCUACUGACUGGAUUACCUGGGACCACGGAAAGGAUAUCCACCCAGAUAAAACAGCUUUGCUUCGCGUGGUGCCAAGGAUUUGAAACCAGACUAAUCCCCUGUUUGAUCAAUGAGCCCCACGUUGGUGACUCUCCUCCUCCACACAGCUGUGGCCAGUUUCCGACCCUCGCUCGCGCUCUCCGUUUCUCUCUCUCUCUCUCUCUCUCUCUGUGUUUUCAUCCCUCUGUCCCCCACUGAAAAACUGAAACAGCUUAGCAGGGGUUAUUUAGAGGUUGUUAAAACAUUAUUUGAAGACAUUCACACUGCCUGAAGGUAAACCGGUUUAGGAGCUUACAUGAGACUGAACAU